AUGCAUCAACGGUUGUCUGCUGCGGAAAAAGGCAAAUCAGUGGUGCUGGAACACCACACAGCGCCUCGCGUUGGUAGAGUUCGGGUCUCUGAACCAGCUAUCACAAACGACCUCCAGGACCAUUCUCUUGCUAUUAUUGGCAGAGUGACCAAUCCCUCUGUCCAGAAGGUCUGGUCCCUAAUUCCAUUCUUCACAAACCACUGGAAAUCAGAUAUCCCCCCUGUUGGCUCAGAUUUGGGCAUGGGGAUGUUUAAAUUUCAAUUUGAAAGGGAAUCCGAUCUCCUCACUGUCCUUGAAAAGGGACCUUAUCAUUAUGCGCGCUGGAUGGUUAUUCUACAAAGGUGGGAGCCUACUCUGUCUCCGGAGUUCUCGUCUAUGAUCCCUUUCUGGAUCAAAAUCCAGGGAGUACCAAUACACAUAUGGUCUGAGGCUAUAGCGCGCAACAUUGGAGGCGAUAUAGGCACCUUUGAAGUGGCUGAAAUCACUGCACAUACCUUUCGUAUGAGAGUCCAUGUGAAUGGUAGACUUUCAAUCCUUAAGUCCUCUGUUCUUGAAUAUCCUAACGGUGAUGAAGUCCAUGCGACACUGCACUACGAGAAGCUGGAAAAACAUUGUCUGCACUGCGGACGGCUAGACCAUGAAGAAAGAGAUUGCUUGGCAGCAAAACACCAGAAGAGAGCUCUACUUGCAGAUCAAGAAGAGUCUCCUAAAAGCAGAGUCUCAGCUACUAAUAAAGACCUCUCUCAACAGCAAAGGAUCGCUUCUACAGGCGGCCCGAUACGACACUCCCCAAGAAGAGAGAAGCGGUUCAACCCCUACGCUAGGAACGACCAGACUCUUCAUCCUAAUCGCCACGACCACCGAGGGAUCUCGCAGAAAACUACCUACCCUGAUAGGGGUCACCGUGAGAUGCACGUAAGCAAGCAACAUGACAGAGAGCUCUCUCGUAGAAGAGAAAAUGAUUCCUAUAGCAGGAGGGCCGCACCGAGAGAACAAGAAAGGGUACAAUAUAGUGGGGAUUCCCACUCGUACCUCCAGCAAAGACAUGCUGAGAGGAACGUUACGUUGAGUCGAGAUAAUUACCUGAAUGAGGAUUCUCAUCGCAGACACCAUUAUUCUAAAACUGCUGCUAGUUCAGACGAAGAGGUUUGCACAAGAAACAGGGGGACUCCCCGAGUCCAAGAUCAGACACAGAGGACCCUCCCCACAAAAACUCUUGAGAUAGCGAGAGAGGAAGUUCGUGAUGUUUUGCUGCAAUAUGCAAACUGUGCAGAUCCUGUAGAAAGCGCGGCGCGCAAAGAAAGAGUAAGAAGAGCAGAAGCUCAGGGACAACUAGAAAACUCAGUUGCAAAUGUUCUGAGGCUGGCUUGCGAGCGCCAAGUAAUUGUCUCUCCUAUACCUCAAAUUGCUGGAGGUGAAUCUCAGGAGCGUAUUCCUAUAGCCAAUAGACUUGGUCCACUUGCUACUGACGGCCAAGCAUCAAACUCGAGAAUCCCAAUCUUGGAUAGACUCGGGCCGCUCCUAGAUGAAGCUAUCUCUGAAGAAGCUGCUCCUAUGGGACCACCACCACAAGUUCUGAAGAGGAAACCAGGGAGACCUCCAGGGCGAAGGAAGAUUAACUCAAGCCCCCUUGCUCUCCCAGGAGCGAGUCUGAAGAAACGCCAGUUAAGUAAGGCCAAACCCCCAGUCUGCCGCAGGAAGCUCCCAACUGAUACUGAGAAAGAAGGAAAAUCUACAAGAGCCCGCAAAGGAAAGGGUGUGUCAACUACUCAUGGAGCUACCCCUGACCAAGAGAUUUCUUCCUCCGAUAACCAACCGAUUUGCAACCUGAUUCCCCCAGCUAAUAGGAAGCGGAUGGAUUUUCGAAUCCAAUCCAACCCCGGUCCUUAG